AUGCUCUUCUCCCGCCUCGCUAUCGUCUCACUACUCGGUGUCGCCGUCUCGGCCCUUUCCCAGCCGGCUUCGAUCAAGGAGAAGCGCCUCUCCGUCGACGUCGCCGCACACGUCUCGACCGACGACAUCCUUGCUCCGCUCCACGGCUGUAUCGACAAGGUCAAGUCGCUUGGCGCCGAGAUAGUCGAGGCAGUCGAGACCGUCAAGGAAGUCAAGGACGCCAAGGCAGUCGUUGCUGCCGUUGGACCUCUCCUCAUCGAAGUCAAGACCGUCAUCCACAACACCGCACACGAGGUGCUCUCGGUUGCCGCCAAGCGCAACCUCACCAAGCGCUCUGUCGACCUCAACACUGCCGCCGCCCUCGUCGCCGAGCUCCUCAACACCGUUCUCGCUGCCCUCAAGCCUGUGGAGGAGUGCAUCUCGGCCACCCCCGGCCUCGGUCCUCUUCUCGCGCCUUUCCUCCUCCCGCUCAACAAUGAGCUCGCCAUCCUCCUCAGCACCCUCUUCGCCCUCGUCGCCGGCCUUCUCGACGUCGUCCUCACCCUUCUCGACGGCACCGUCGCGCCCGUCCUCCGCGCUCUCGGCCUCGGACCGAUCCUCUCCAUCCUCACCCUCUAA